GGCUCAGAGCUAUAAGCAGGUUGACAGUGGUUAUGUGGUUAGAAUCUGCAGAGGAGCUCAAGUGUCAGGUCAUACCGAAACAUGUUGGGAACAGCCUUUUUGCUUCUUAAUGGACUGGUUAUACUUCUACUUCUUUACACCACUCGCAGAAGAAAUAAAAAUGAGCCUCCUCUUGAUAAGGGCUUCAUCCCGUGGCUCGGCCAUGUUCUUGAGUUUUUAAAGGAUGCUGGAAAAUUUUUGUCACGCAUGAAAGACAAACAUGGAGACAUCUUCACUGUUCGUGUUGCUGGCAUUUAUGUGACAAUGCUGUUGGAUCCAAACUCCUUUGAUGGUGUCUUGAACGAUGACACCAAUAGCUUUGACUUCAGCAAUCGCAGAGGCCAGCUCUUAAAAAAGAUCUUCAAUCUGCAGCUCCCAGGCAACUAUCCUGCUUCUGAAAGAAAAUGGAUGGAACAACAUUUUCACGGUGUCAAUCAGCAGAAGCUCAAGGCCUCCAUGAAUGCUCACCUUUCCAACGUGAUGCUGAAAAGUUUUGAAUCUCGCAGCCCAUCAGAAUGGAGAGAGGAUGGAUUGUUCGAGCUCUGUUACAGUCUUCUUUUCAGGGCUGGAUAUCUUACAUUGUUUGAGAGGAGGGAUGAUGUUGAUGCCGUCUAUGAGGAGUUCCGCAAGUUUGACGAUCUACUCACCAAACUGGCUCGAGGUUCACUGAAACGAGAGGAAAAAAGAGUGGUCGCCACAUCCCAGGACCGACUGUGGGACCUGCUGUCCCCAGGUCAUGUGAACGGUUCCUGGCAACAGAGCUAUGUUCAGUUCCUGCAGGAAAUGGGGGUAGAUGCAGACAUGCAGAAAAAAGCACAGCUGCUGCAGCUGUGGAACACCCAGUGCAAUGCUGGACCAGCUGCCUUCUGGGUCCUCGGCUUCCUGCUCACUCACCCUGAGGCAAUGGAGGCUGUUAAGUCAGAGAUCAGAGGCCUUCCUUCUCUCCAGGAUACUUCCCUGCAGCGACGCCCCUUGAACCAGCUGGAAUCACAGAGCACACCUGUGUUUGAUAGCGUUUUGAGUGAGACCUUACGGCUCACCGCCGCAGUAAUGAUCAAUAGAGAAGUUGUUAAAGACAAGAUCCUUCGGAUGGCCAAUGGAAAGGAGUACCACCUCAGACGUGGGGACAGGGUGUGUCUGUUUCCUUUCCUCAGCCCUCAAAUGGACCCACAGAUUCAUGAAGAACCACAGAUGUUCAAGUAUGAUCGAUUCCUAAAUGAAGAUAAAACAGUGAAGAAGGAAUUCUACAAGGAUGAGAAAAAGCUGAAGUACUUCACCAUGCCUUGGGGCGCAGGGAAGAACAUCUGCGUUGGAAAGGAGUUUGCUGUUACAUCCAUUAAACAAUUUGUGUUCCUGUUUUUGACCCACUUUGAUCUGGAGCUGUGCAGCCCCAGCUCUAAACUUCCACCAGUUAAUCCCAGUCGCUUUGGCUUUGGGAUGCUCCAGCCAGAUGGAGAUCUGCGGGUGAGAUUCAGACUCAAGACGAUGCAGCAUGAAAUGUGAAGUGUUGGAAAGCUUCACAAUAUCUUGUUUUAUAAACUUUGUUUUGGUUGAAUGUAGCAUUGCACUAUUUAUUUAGUUUUUAUACCUUGUCAGCUUGCCAGUUUAUUGUUUUCAAGUUUUUUGCGUGUUAAAAAAUGUUGGGAAUUAAUGAUAGAAAGCCUUGUCACCCUCUGUUUUCCUUUUGCUAAGUAGCAGGUUAUAACUCAUCUGAAACAGAAUAUUCCAGAGUGUCAGAUCUUCUGUGAUUGUUUUAUACAUUUUACUUGUAGGUAAGAUGCAACAGUAAUUCAUAUCACACAAGCACAUUUUGUCAAAACAAUGUAAUUUAUGUCUUAAAAUAUCCAAUUUGUGUAUAAAUUGGAUAUUUUAC